AUUUUUGUUCGCUCUAUAACGAGUGUAAUCGGUUAUAAAUGUGAUCAUAUAAAUAUAAAUACGAUAUCGUUUUAUUUAUAUAGAUGCAGCUGCACACUUUUGGAAAAAACUCUUCGUAAAAACGCUUUGAUAUGAAACAUGUUUAUCUCAAACUCAGGACUCCUUUGCUAUCGAACUCUAAACAAACGCUGGGCUUUAAACUUGCUGUCACCACGGCAACAAAGAAGCCGGACUACCCCAUUAACACGGCACAGACGCUCCUGAACACGGCACAGGCUGCUGGUUUCUAGAAACAUUUUCUCAAGGUAAACUGAGAUCGAGUCCAAGCUGAGAUCGAGUCCAAGCUGAGAUCGAGUCCAAGCUGAGAUCAAGCCCAAGCUAAGAUCGAGUCUAACCUGAGAUCAAGCCCAAACUGAGAUCGAGUCCAAGCUGAGAUCGAGUCCAAGCUGAGAUCGAGUUUAGCCUGAGAUCGAGUCUAGCCUGAGAUUGAGUCUAACCUGAGUUCGAGUCCAAGCUGAGAUCAAGUCUAAGAUGAGAUCGAGUCCAGGCCAAAAUGAUCAAACAUAUAAAAUAUGAAAAUAUAUCAAAUAUAAAUAUUAAAAAUAUAUUAAAUAUAAUGUAGGGUUUUUUUUUUUUUUACUUUUUCAAGACCCUCCAGGAAGCACUUUCUCUCUUGUACCAUCUCCUGCUGGGUUUAAAUCUCAGCGGUCUACCAGCAAAGCUACGCUUCAUGUGAACACUAACAUAUUUACAUUCAGUCUAUCUUCUAUAACUUCUGAUCAUCACGUGCCAUUGAGCCAUGCAGCACCCGAAUGACGGCGUUCCCUGUGAUCGUGGCUGUUCCUCCACCACGUCGUGGUCCUUCUCUGUAAGUCAGGGACUUCACCUUCACGUGUCAGACCGGACGACAGCCUCGAGUUCCAAAGCGCUGAGGAAGUACGACUUCAGACUGCUGACUCCAUCCACUGGAGGCACUUUUCACAGAAGAGGCCUCGCGGCAUCAGGAACGUCCUCAUCGGUGACUCAGAAAGGCCGGUCGCUCAUGGCAUGUGGGAGACGGUGCGUUCUGUCCCUGAGGCCCGGGCGCUGCGGCAAUAAAACCGAAAAGCAGAAAUCCAAAGAAGCCGAAGAGAGCGAGGGAGGAAAGAGCGCUGCUGACGGAAUGGUGGAUGAAAGCAGGAAAGCAGGAGAGGAGAAGAAGAGAGCGCGUAGCUGCGUAGCCAGGACGAGAGCGACGGUGACGUCAGACGCUCGACCCUCCACUGCUCCGGCACACACUCGGGCAGGACGGAGUGACAUUAACAGUCUAGAAGAAACUCCAGGUUACAGUGUGGUGUGGAGACACCGUGACCCUGCGGAUUGCCCCUCGACUGGAAAUCCAGUUCUUCACCUCUAUCUGCCCGACUACCGCAUCGACCCCAGGAAAGAAACAGACGAGGCGUCGGACGCCGAGACGGAUCAGAAAACAGGGGAGAUUCGAAGUCAACCACAGGAAAAAGAAGGAGCAGCUGAUGUCCUGGAAGACGUCAUGACGACGGAGACGGGAAGUGAGCAAAAGUGUAAUGUGGAAGAAAACGAUGAAAGACGACGAAGCGGUCAGAACGAGCUCGACGAAAUAGAAAUGAACAAGCGAGGUGGUGUAAGAGAGGAGAGUCCUGAUGACAUCACUCAGGAACCGGGAGAGAAACGUAGCACUGAACAUUCUGGAAAGUCAGACGAUAGAAAUCAAUGUGCAGCAGAUGUUUUUAAGGAAAGACCUAAAGCCCCAGAUGUGAAGUUAAAAUCUAAAGACAGAAACUCAGGACAGGACAGGACGCGGAGGCCGACUCUCCCAGCAUCGGCUUUAUUUAUCCCGGGCACGCUCGGACGCACACGCUCUUCGCCAUCGUCAUGUAUGCUCCCACCUUUUUACGGUUCGUCGUUUGGUCACAGCAUCAGAACCCCUCAUACCCCGGAACGCCAUCGAGCCAAAACACACCUCGCCGGAUCCUUCAGCUUCGACAAAAGAGCCAUAAAAUCCGUGACCCAAAAACCUCCGAGCUGGGACAGUACAGGAAAUCGACUCGUGUUCAAAACAGAACCCAGAGGAAUAACAGGGCCCCGCCCCAAAAUAUUGAGCUGUGAGCGGUGGGGGCCUCUGCCUCGUAAAACCAAAACCACCAAGACGUUCGUGUGGGGGCCUCGAGGGCCCCAGGAGAGUAAGAGUGUGUGUGAGCUACACGCUCGGACCAACAGGUGGAGGGGGGAGGACUGAUCCGGUGAUGUCAUGUUUCUGUGGAUUUAUGAUACCUGUUAUCAUUAUCAUUCAUAAUGAAUAGCCGAUGGGUUGCCAGAGCUGUAAUUUUUACAAGGUCAACGUGAAAAAGUCAAAUAAAUACAAAUAUAUCGAA